CUGUGCUCAAAGGUGCACAGCAGCAUCUUUGAGCUCCUUAUUGGAACGUUUCAUCUUGUGUCAGCCUCGUCUUCCCUUCAUUCUGUAAACUUUAGAGGAAAAAGCAGUUCUGGCAUCUGAAGGCUGAGAGCAAAAACCAUGAUUCCAGUUCUGGUUUUGCUGCUGCUCCACCAGUCGAAGGCUGAUGAAGUGUGUAUCAGCAUCUCUGAGUAUAAUUUAAACAUCACGGUGCCUUCUGGAAACAUGACUGAGAAGUGGAAUAGUGAAGGUGCUGUAUGUGAGAACGAUGAAGACUGUUUCCUUUGGUGCGUACCCACCAAUGACACGUGGUUCCAUGGAUCACAUGGCUGCUUAAACUGUUCAGUGACAAAUAGAAGUCAUAACAUCACUGAGUAUACAAUACAUGGAAACACCUCGGACACCGUCUGCUACCACACCCACUGCAGGGAAGACUCCAUCCUGCUACUUAAUCACAGACUGAAGGAAAUAAACGAUUUCCAGAAGAAAAUGAAGGCACUCCAGUACAUAAAGGGUUCAUGUCCGAAUCUCUUCAGAACCAGUUAUGAAAUUAAGAAGGCGUAUGUAAUACUGGAGAAGCAAAUAAUUCAUAAAAUUAUGAAUACGUCUGAGCUUGAGGGUGGCAGCUCCAAGACCUACAACCUGAAGUACUUGUCUGUGAAUGUUUUCAAAAUUAAUGACACAGUCCUCAACGUUUCAGAAGACAUGAUCCCACUGGAAGCUCCUCAGUUAUGGCCCAACGACGGCUCAUUUGUCCCUGAGGUCUGGAUCCCAGUGAACGCUCUGAAAAACAUGCCACCAGAGGAUCGAGUUAUCGGCCUGGUCAGCUACAUGGACCGCAGCCAGUUCCAGUUUAAGAUGGAGGAGAUCUGCUCCAUGGUUCUCAGGAUAGAGGAGUCAGGCAAGUCUCACCUUCAGAAUCUCAAGCCACCAAUCAAAAUGAUUUUCAAGGUUAUGAAACCAGAAAGGAAUGAUUCCCAGUUACUGUGUCACUACUUUGACGAUGUUGAUGAUGUCGACGGUUUUGCCUGGAAACCAGACGGAUGUGAAACUGAGAUCGACCAAGAUCAAGUUACCUGCAAGUGCAGCCAUGCCACACCCUUUGCUGUCCUUCUGAUAAGAAUGCCAAUAGAUGAAGCCCACUGGAAAUUACUGUCUUACAUCAGUUACAUAGGCUGUGGAAUUUCUCUUUUCUUCAGCGUUUCGUCUCUCGUUGUCUAUGUGUUCAACAGGAGCAACAAAAUGGACACUUCCAUGUCCAUCCACGUGUCUCUGAGCGGCGCCUUGCUUCUCCUUAACUCUACCUUCCUGCUGACUGAGUGGGGGCCCACAGUGGAGCCGGACUGGGUCUGUGAGUUCAUAGCUGCGCUCAUGCAUUACUCACUGCUCUGCUGUUUCACCUGGAUGGCCAUCGAGGCCCUGCACCUCUACCUGCUGCUGAUAAAGGUGUUCAACACCUACUACAAAUACUACCUGCUCAAACUGUCUCUCGUCGGAUGGGGGAUUCCUGCAAUAAUUGUGUCAAUAUCUUUGUGUGUGAAGAACGUUAAACAGUUUUAUGGAGUUACAGAGUUGACCUUGUCAGACACCAAUCAAACCAAUAGCAUCUGCUGGAUCACAGAUGAUACUUACUUCUACUCACUGAACCUCGUGUAUUUCACCCUGAUAUUCAUCUUGAACUCUGGCAUUCUGAUGGCAGUGGCCUCAAGCAUCUGCAAGAUGAAGAAAAUGUUAAAGACUAACUCAAAACAUCAAGCCAUUGCUAGCAGAAAGUCAAAGGAAGUCCCCCAGAGGUUCAGCGUGUCCUGCCAGAGCGGCCUGACCCUGCUGGGCCUCACCUGCCUCAUGGGGACCACCUGGGGUCUGGCCUUCCUGGGUUCCGGUUAUGUCAACUACACAGUGCUCUACCUUUUCUGCAUCCUCAACUCCCUACAAGGUUUCUUUAUUUUUGUGUGGAUCUGUCUUUUGGCCAAGAAGCAGAAGAGGAAAGAAAUGGAGGAGAAAGUGUCUUCGAUCACUGCGGUGCCUUCAGACACAAAAAAGGAUUAGAUCGCUUCUCCUACCUCUGGAUGGAUCCCAGUAGAUCCUCUUACAGAUAUGAAUCUGCAUGUAUGGGGAAAAAAAACUGCAAAAAGCCUUAAAAUUAAUUCCUUUUUUAUCGCAACUGCAUAUUCUUUUUACUCAGCCUUAGAGUUAGGAAAACGUCUAUAAGUUUCUAUAAAAGAAAUGUUAGCAAUUUAAUACUUAAUGUUUUUCUGAGGUAUACAGAGGCCCAUUUCUUUCAGUCACUGCUCGUAAGUGGAGAAACACAGGAAAUGCCUAAAGCAAGAACUCCCAUGUCUACAAAAGGAGAAAUAAUUCAAAAAAUGUAAAACAACUCAGAGCAUGACAAACACCACACGCAGAGAGCAGGAAGGUAAGAAAAGUGAAAAAAGAAAAUUAAAAUCUAUUAUUACUGAAGUUCUUCCUGUUUUUCAGUGUGAGUUCAGCAACAAAAGGCACAAUUAUUUUCACUCUUUUUUUAACGUGUAAAACUGAUAAGUUAAUAAGCAUUUAUAUUACAUAACCUUUUUCACAUUUUGCCACUUUACAACCACAAGCUCUAGCGCAUUUAUCUUCCUUAUUUUCAAAUACACACAAACACACAACUCUUGGUGUGUGUACUCAGCUUUCAAGAAUGAAGACACCUUGUAAAACCACUUUUCAUUGCAAUUGCUUCUGCAACUCUUUUCACAUAUGUACCAGCUUUGUACUUUUAUACCCAAUGUUCUUUGCACAGAGCUGUAGUUUAGUCCGACUGGAUGUAUUUGUGAAUGUGCAUUUGAAAAUGCAUGCCACAUUUUCAGACUUUGAGUUGUAAGACAUUUUCAUAAAACUUGUAAU